UUGCCAUUAUUCCACCAGCCAGCUCAGACACAUCAGCGGCUUCAUCCUCCCUAAAGAAAAAAAAAGACGAAGAGGAAGAAGAAGAUGAGUCAGUCGAAACCUUCAUAAACCCUCGAAGCUGAAAAUAGAUUGAAAAAAGUUAAAUCAAUGGUACAGAAAAGUAGUAUGUCCAGGACGCCUUCGACCUCAACCCAGGAGAUCCAAAUGGACAUGUUCGACCAUCAUCCACACACACAGGGAAAAUACGGAAAGAGGAAGAGCCGAUUUAAGCGCUCGGAUGGAAGCACCUCCUCUGACACCACCUCCAACAGCUUUGUCCGACAGGGCUCUGCAGACUCCUACACCAGCCGGCCAUCGGACUCAGACGUGUCCCUGGAGGAGGACCCCGAGGCCCUGAGGAAAGAGGCCGACAGACAGGCCCUCGCCACGCUUGAGAAGGCAAAGACAAAACCGGUGGCAUUCGCCGUGCGGACAAACGUGGGUUACAACCCGGGUCCCAGUGAUGAGGUUCCUGUGCAGGGCAUGGCCAUAUCCUUCGAAGCCAAAGACUUCUUGCACAUUAAAGAGAAAUAUAACAAUGACUGGUGGAUCGGACGCCUGGUGAAGGAGGGCUGCGAGGUGGGCUUCAUCCCCAGCCCGGUCAAACUGGAGAACACCCGUCUGCUGCACGAGCAGAAGAUGAGACAAAACCGACUCAGCUCCAGUAAAUCUGGAGGAAGCUCCAGUUUGGACGUUGCCACGGGAACCCGCAGGCCCACCCCACCUGGCACAGCUCACAUGGACAUGUCCACUGUGGCCUUUGACGUUGACCCACUCGACCUGGAGGCCGAGGAGCCCCCUGAGUCCCAGGGUGACCCUCGCUCCACCAAGGGCAUGUCAGGCAGCGUAACGUCCCCUCAGGCCAACGCCCACCGACUGCCCUUCUUUAAGAAGAUGGAGCACGUUCCCCCCUAUGACGUGGUUCCCUCCAUGAGACCCAUCAUCCUGGUGGGACCGUCACUUAAAGGAUACGAGGUGACAGACAUGAUGCAGAAAGCACUCUUUGACUUUCUGAAACACAAGUUUGAGGGCAGGAUAUCCAUCACGCGGGUGACAGCGGACAUCUCCCUGGCCAAACGCUCGGUCCUCAACAACCCCAGCAAACACACCAUCAUUGAGCGCUCGAGUACCCGCUCCAGCCUGGACGCACUGGCGGAGGUGCAGAGUGAGAUAGAGCGCAUCUUUGAGCUGGCACGCACCCUCCAGCUGGUUGCUCUGGAUGCAGACACCAUCAACCACCCCUCCCAGCUGGCUAAGACCUCCCUCGCUCCCAUCAUUGUCUACAUCAAAAUAGCCUCACCUAAGGUCCUCCAGAGGCUCAUCAAAUCCAGGGGGAAGUCCCAGGCGAAACACUUAAACGUGCAGAUGGUGGCCGCGGACAAGUUGGCCCAGUGCCCACCGGAGUUAUUCGACAUCAUCCUGGACGAGAACCAGUUGGAGGACGCCUGCGAACACCUGGCCGACUACCUGGAGGCGUACUGGAAGGCGACACACCCCCCGAGCAGCAACCCUCCCAACCCCCUGCUCAACCGCACCAUGGCGACAGCGGCCCUGGCCGCCUCCCCUGAGCCCGUCUCCAACCUGCAGGGGCCGUACCUGGUGCACGGCGAGCAGAAGCUGGAAGGGCCCUUGACAGAGUGUGGCGGCAGCGGCACCCUGCAUGACUAUCAGACAGACACGGGAGGAAAACCCCACCACCAGCAGCAGCAGCAGCAGCAGCAGCAGCAGCAGCAGCAGCAGCAGCAAGCGUACCUGCGCUCCUCUCGUGGUCAGCUGAGGGGAGGAAGCGGCCGCGGACUGUCGAGGCAAGACACCUUUGACUCUGAGACGCAGGGCAGCCGGGACUCCGCGUACACCGAGGCCGGCGACUCCUGCAUGGACAUUGAGACCGACCCCUACGAGGAGCCCGAGCCGUACCGGGGCGGCAGCGGCGGCAGCCGCCUCCACCUGGCGCAGCAUCACGGCAGACAGGCCUCCUGGGAAGAUGAAGGCGCCGAGCCGGACCAGGAGAACCUCAACCACCCUGCGGUGCCGAGCCAGACGCAGGCGCACGGACGCGCCAAGCUGAGGGAGCGUUACUGCCAGGACCCCGUGGACACCGGGGCCAACAUGAGCCGCAACAAGAACCAGGACGACUGGGGGAGGGACGUCUACAUCCGCUGAACGGGCGCCUCAGCGCGGAGACGAGGAAGCUACCGACAGAGAGAUGGGGGGAGUUGGUGGGAGGGGCGACCUCGGGGUUCAGGGUCAGAAGGAACAGAAAUGUGGGUUUGGGGCCACAAGUGAAUCUGUUUACAUCCCAGUACAAUCUAUAGAAAAACAUCGACUGCCAAAUGCCAUUCUCGUCGACUUCAAAUCAGUUUAGUUAUGUUUAGAAAAAAUACUAUUGGUCUGUUUUUGUUUUCUUUUACUAAUACUGCAUGAAUAUCAUGGAUUUCUAUACUGACAGCACGAGGACAGUAAUUGUUUCGAUUGUGAAUCUCUGAUUGUGAUCUGUAUGACUCGAUCUUUCCUUCAGUUGUAGAGCGCGGCGGCCGGUGGAGCCGUAGUCCGUCCUGUCUGUCCUCUGCAGUCUUAAACAGGGUCUAAUGUCACCGUCCCGAUGUACAGUGUCAGGGUUUCUCUUUACCUUAAUCUCACUCAGUGCUCUUGGAUAUCUCCCCUGUACUGAGGUCCAGAAGUUAUGAGUCUCUCGCCUCCACUUUCUAAUCACCCAGACCUUAAAAAAAAAAAAGAAAAGCUGGUAGAGAAGCUGCCAUAUUUUAACACAACAAUUUAUUGAUGUUGCUACACUCAUGAUAACAACGCACAGUGCACUCCAAAGACGUUUACUUCUUCCCUGACCCGGUUCAGCCGCUGUACCCGACUACACGUUUGACCCAGUCCUCCCGUUUCCGUUUCCACUCCGCAACCCCGAGGCACGUUUAUUUCAAGAAAAACUCCAAUCACAAGUGCCGGAAUGUCUCGCCAAGCCACCACCGCCACGGUGGGACGUCUUAACCCGCGUGGCGCUCGUCGUCGUGCCAUACCCGUGUCUCUCUCCGCGUCUCCUCGUGGCUACGCUGCACUGUAGCCCACGCUGUCGCUCCAGCACGUAGCUCAUGUUGUUUUUCUUUGCACCAGCUUUGUUGUCGGUUUUUCAGGGCUAAUGGUUAUAUAAAAAGUACUUGUGUGUGUGUGUGUGUGUGGUCAAUCACUCCAAACUUCCACCCCAAACAGCUAGCUUGUCUGAUAUUAAAUACCACUCUCUUCUUACACUUGAUUUCUGACUCAAUUGGUGUUGUUUUUUCCUGUGGACAUUUGCAACUUUUUUUUGUUUUUUUUAUUUUUAUUUUAAAUCUUCAGUUCUUGUGAGGUAGUGAGAGGACUAUGAAGUGGGGGCGAGAAAGGGGGGGAUUAGGAUCAGCUGUGGUCAUUACUCAGUUAUCUAUAAUGGAGAAUCCAUGAAUGUCUUCGGUAGGCUGCUUUCGCCCGCCUGUCUUCAGUUGACUAAAUACAUAUUAAAUAAUGAUCAGUAAAUAAUGUUAUUGUUGCGUUAUCGCAAUUGUUAAAAAUAUGAGAUAACAUGUAUCAUUGGUGCCUGAUUGUAGCUACGUUUUGCUUUUUCUGCCUUUCCUUUUUAAUCUGUGGAUAAAUUCGUAUUUUAAUUAAAAAUUUAAUCAAAAAAUG